GAAAUAAAAAAAUACAAUAAAAAAAAAAAAAAAGGAAUGAAUUGGUUUCGUUAUUGUACUUCACUAGUACUAUAAAAAAAAUCAUCUUGUUUCUUGUUAACAGUAAUAUUUUUUUUAGUAUAGCAAUCAUGGUUUCACAACAAUCUAUAUAAAUGCGAUCUUCAGUAUGAUAUGCCUAGUCAUUCUUCAUUGUUUCUUCGUUGUUAUUAGAAGUUCAUAUUUCUGCAUUGUAAAUAACAAAAUAUCAAAGAAAAAAAUAAAAAUGAAACAUUUAUUGUGUGUAGUGUUUCAUAUAUUUAUUUUGGCUAUAUCAGUCAACUGUUAUAGUAUACAUCAAAAUUUAAAAAAUGUUAACAUCAACCCAUGGCGUGACUUGCCACUGAUUUGUUCAAUGGAAGAUCCAAAAAAUAUAUCUGUAUCGUGUCAUGGGGUGAGAAUAAUUAAACGUGUAGUACAAGAGUUAUUGGAAACUGCAGCAAAUGCACCAACCAUUGAACUUUUUGAUGGUAUAAGCCUUAUCAAAAAUAACAAUUUUAAUGUGAGAAAUUCGAGAACCAUAAAGGAUUUCAUUCACGAUUUUUUAGAAGGUAAAGAAUUGAGAAUGAAACUACAAAGUUUAUUACCAAAUAGUAUUGAAUCAUCGGUAAUUGAUAGUAUUCCAACAGGUCGUGGAAAAGAAGGAGGCAUUGGAAGCGGACUUCCCGGGUUCGGUGGUGGAAAAAAAGGCGACAACAGUUUCGUCAUUCUAGCAAUAAUGAUGGGAAAAAUGCUGGGAAUGAUGAGUUUUGGAGCACUUGGUAUUGUUGCAAUGAAGGCACUGGGUGUAUCAUUGCUGGCAUUAGUUUUAUCAAUUUUCCUUGCAGCGAAAAAAUAUUCAAGUGGUUCACCAAAAUCUGAUGGUGAACACCAUGUUGUAUAUGCCCAAGAUAUUCAAACUUCCCAUGAAAAAAGAAGCGUCACAGAUGAAAAUUUAUUACCCUACAGAGGAUAUGCAGAAAUUUAUGGAGAUACACCUCAAAAUCUUAAGGUUCAAAAACAAUAAUUUAAAAUAAUUUUUAGAUGAAAUUGGUAAAACUGUAAUGUAAGAAAUUGUCGUCGUA